CCAAAAAAAACCCGAGUGACCAUAAGCUCGGAGGGUUAGUCCGCCAGCUGCCUUCAUGCCUGCCAACUGAGCUCCGUCCGGGCCGCCGCUGCUCGUCCCCAGCGCCGGCGUGGAUUUACCGCCCGUGGCGGGGCCCGAGCCGAUCCGUUCGCCGCACCGCGCACCUGGUCCGGACGCUGGACGCCAUGUUGUGGAAACUAGCAGAUAAUGUCAAGUACGAAGAGGAUUGCGAGGACCGGCACGAUGGCAGCAGCAACGGGAACCCGCGGCUGCCGCACCUCUCCGCCGUCAGCCAGCACCUGUACAGCCCGGCCCCGCCGCUCUCGCACUCGGGCGCCUCCGACUUCCAGCCCCCCUACUUCCCACCCCCGUACCAGCCGCUGCCUUACUCGCAGUCCAGCGACCCCUACUCGCACCUGGGGGACCCGUUCUCCAUCAACCCCCUGCACCAGCCGCCGCCGCCGCCGCCCAGCCAGCAGCAGAGCGCUUGGCCGAACCGGCAGAGCCAGGAGCCGGCGGGGCUGGCCCCGCACGCCCGCCCCGGGCUGGUGCCGCACCUCUCGGCGCUGGAGAGCGGCUCUGCCGGCAGCCGCCGGGAGACCUUCCGGCGCUCCGAGCUGCUGCUGCCCCACGGGCACGGGUUGGACGCCUCGGCGCUGGCCGAUAACCUGGGAUUGCACGACAUGGCUCACCAGAUGGAGGAGGUGCAGAAUGUGGAAGAUCAACACUUACUAAUGCAUGACCAGACAGUCAUUAGAAAAGGUCCCAUCUCCCUAACGAAGAACAGCUCUCUGAGCCUGCCCUGCCAGAAGGAUGGAUUAAUUGGGGUGGUGAUCAACCCCAACGAGGUGUUCUGCUCCGUGCCGGGCAGGCUGUCCCUGCUCAGCUCCACGUCCAAGUACAAAGUGACAGUGGCGGAGGUGCAGAGGCGGCUCUCGCCCCCGGAGUGUCUCAAUGCCUCUCUGCUAGGAGGAGUCCUGCGAAGAGCCAAAUCUAAAAAUGGUGGCAGAUCAUUAAGGGAAAAACUGGACAAAAUUGGCUUGAAUCUUCCCGCUGGCAGAAGGAAAGCUGCAAAUGUGACACUAUUGACAUCUUUGGUGGAAGGUGAAGCUGUGCAUCUUGCUCGUGACUUUGGCUACGUGUGUGAGACAGAAUUUCCUUCCAAAGCGGUGGCUGAAUAUUUAACCAGACCGCACAUGGGCCGCAACGAAAUGGCAAACAGGAAGAACAUGCUUCUUGCUGCAAAGCAGAUCUGCAAGGAAUUCACAGACCUCCUCACUCAGGACAGAACCCCUCUUGGAAACACAAGGCCCAGCCCCAUCUUGGACCCUGGCAUCCAGGGCUGUUUGACUCAUUUUAGCCUGAUCACACAUGGCUUUGGGAGCGCUGCCAUCUGUGCUGCCAUGACAUCCGUCCAGAACUACCUAAAUGAAGCGUUAAAAAUAGCAGACAAAUCCUACAUGAACGCUGGCGACCAGAGCCCCGCCGAGACCAACAAAGCCAUUGACAAAAUGGACAAGCACAGGAAGUGAAAGGAGAAAAACCCAGACUUUACCCUUCCUCCUACACACAGACUGAGAUGAUCUUGCCAGGGGGAACGCAGAGAUUUGGGUGGGGUUUUUGUGAGGUUUUUUCUUUUUUAUUAUUUUAUUUUUCUCCUUUUUUUUUUUUUUUUUUUUUUUUUUAAAGAAAAGGGGAGAGGAAAAAAAAAAACCAAAAAAAAUGAAAAAAAAAAAAAAUCAUUCAGGAUCUUCACUCCUGCUGGAUCCGUGAGACAAGUCUUGCUAAAAGCUGCAGUGUCCCUGUUGUGUGGAAGCAAUUUACCUGAAGAUAAGUACCUGGGAGAAGUGUAUCCAAUCCUUUGCUGUAAAAGUGGUGCUAUAAAAGGGGGGCUUGAUGGAAUUUUACAGAGGGAUUGAUGUAGAUUCCUUUUCCACAUCUCGGUAUCUGGCGGGUGACCAGCUUCACGUGUAGUUUUUAAGGGACAGAUUUUAGAUGGAAGCCUAAAGUUUUGUUCUCUGAUACAAUUUCAGGGGUUCAUUCUCUCGAAACGCAACAGUGACAAUA